AUGGAUAGCUGUCCUCUCUACUCGUAUUACUCAUUGUCUCAACACAACACCCAAGUACCAAGUCCCAACCACUCGCAUCCUCGGCAAAGUGAACCGGAAGCGCGGAUGGAGGCAGCCGCCGGCGCGGCGGGCUCGCUCCUCGGCAAGCUGCUCACGAAGCUGUCCGACGACCUGGUGGCCGCGUAUGUCGACAGCCUCGAGCUCGGCCACAACUCCGACCAGAUCCAAACCAAGCUGCUUCACACACAAGGGCUGCUGCAACUCGCCGAGGGGAGGGACGCGAGCAACAUCCCUGCCCUGCCGGCCUUGUUGGAGAAGCUGAGCAAGAAGGCCGACGAGGCGGAGGACGUGCUGGAUGAGCUCCACUACUUCAAGAUCCAGGACCAGCUCGACGGCACCGACUAUGCCGCCGCGGAUCUCGGCGAUGGCCUCCGCGGCCAUGCUCGCCAUGGUCGCCAUGCUGCUCGCCACACCAUCGGUAACUGGUUCCCAUGCUUUUCUUGCUCGCGUGCGCAAGAUGCUGAUUCUGCUCCUACUGCUGCUGUCAAUAGCCCACACCACUAUACAGCCAACUCUGCUACUCCUAGUGCUGAUAAUGGUGACGAUGUCGAUAAGUUACAUUUCGACAGAGUCGCCAUGUCCAGCAAAAUCAAGUCAGUGAUAAAUGACAUACACUCCCUAUGUGAUCCCGUCUCUGAUUUGCUCAGUAAAAUUCCAAGCAGCAGCACAGCCGUCACCCUAAAACGGCCUCCCAUAGGGUCCACAAUUAUACAAGAUACACUGCACGGGAGGCAAGACAUUUUUGAGAAAAUUGUCAGUGAUAUCACAAGUGGCACACAUCACGGUCAAACUGUUUCUGUUCUUCCUAUAGUUGGCCCAGGGGGUAUUGGAAAGACAACUUUCACCCAACACCUGUAUAAUGAUGGUAGGACUGAAGAGCACUUUGCUGUUAUGGUUUGGGUGUGUGUAUCAACUGAUUUUGAUGUGUUGAAGCUCACCAACCAGAUACUUAACUGCAUACCUGCAACUGAAAAUGAAGCUGCAAUCGAAAUAACCAAUCUAGACAGACUUCAAAAAUCCAUUGCGCAGAGACUGAAGUCCAAAAGGUUCUUAAUUGUCUUGGAUGAUAUAUGGAAAUGCGAUAGUGAGGAUGAGUGGAAAACCUUGUUAGCUCCAUUCACAAAAGGGGAGGCCAAAGGCAGCAUGGUACUUGUCACAACUCGAUUCCCAAAACUAGCAAGAAUGAUGAAAACAGUUGAUCCAGUAGAACUGCAAGGCUUGGAGUCUAAUGACUUCUUCACAUUCUUUGAAGCAUGUAUAUUUGGUGAACAUAAGCCUAGGGAUUAUGAAGAUGAGUUAGCUUGUAUUGCAAGAGAAAUUGCAAGCAAGUUAAAGGGCUCCCCAUUAGCAGCCAAAACAGUUGGUCGACUAUUGAAGAAAAAUCUUUCCCGGGAACAUUGGAAUGGAGUUCUUCACAAUCAUGAGUGGCGAAACCAGAAAAAUGAUAAUGAUAUUAUACCAUCUUUGAAAAUUAGCUACGACCACCUCCCUUUCGAUCUGAAAAAAUGCUUCUCAUAUUUUUCCCUUUAUCCUGAAGAUUAUAAGUUUAGCACUUCAGGAAUUAAUCGUUUUUGGAUUGCAAUAGGCAUCAUAGGCUCUAGCCAGCCAAGCGAUAAGAAUUACAUGGAAGGUCUAGUGGAAAAUGGUUUUCUCAUGAAGGGGGUUUCUAAAUAUCCUCCUUUUCGUAAAUACUAUGUAAUGCAUGAUUUAAUGCAUGAGCUAUCCCGGAGUGUCUCUGCACAAGAAUGCCUCAAUAUAAGUGAUUUAGAUUUUAGAGCCGAGGCCAUCCCACAAUCUAUUCGGCACUUAUCCAUCACCAUACAGAAUAGAUAUGAUGAAAAUUUUAGGGAAGAAAUGGGUAAACUAAAGGGGAGGAUAGACAUUGUAAAUCUACGGACACUGAUGAUUUUUAGACAAUAUGAAGAAUCAAUUGCUGAGAUCUUAAAAGAUACGUUUAAGGAAACAAAUGGCCUGCGCAUCCUAUUAAUAGCGGUGAAGUCCCUUGAAUCUCUGCCACAAAGCUUUUCAAAACUUAUCCACCUCCAGUACCUCCAAAUUGGAUCACCCUAUGGUAGAGAAAUAACUUUACCUAGCACACUAUCCAGAUUUUAUCACUUGAAAUUCUUGGACCUAAGUAGUUGGUAUGGUAGUUCUAACUUGCCUAAAGACAUUAGCCGCCUUGUGAAUUUACAUGAUUUUCUCGCUAAGAAAGAACUCCACUCCAAUGUUCCCGAGGUUGGAAAGAUGAAGUAUCUACAUGGGCUAAAAGAAUUCCAUGUUAAGAAAGAAAGUGUUGGAUUUGAUUUAAGAGAGUUGGGGAAAUUGAGAGAGCUUGGGGGAACACUCUGUAUAAAUAAUCUUGAAAAUGUGGCAACCAAGGAAGAAGCUACUGGCGCCAAAUUGGUGUUGAAAAGGGAUUUGAAAGAGUUGACAUUAGUUUGGGGCAGAGCGCAACCGACUGAUAUAGAUGCUGAUAUUCUUGAUGCUCUUCAACCACACUCUAACCUUAGAACACUUCGCAUUAUGAACCAAGGUGGUACCGCUUGUCCUAGUUGGUUGUGUCCUGAGAUAUUGGUGAACAAUUUAAAGACUCUCCAUUUACACGGUUUGUCUUGGGGAACUCUUCCACCUUUUGGGCAGCUGCCAUAUCUCAGGGAACUCAGCUUGAAGAGCAUUUCUGGAGUGCUUCAGAUUGGUCCGGACUAUGGUGGCUUUACAGGCACAUGUUUUAUGCAGUUGAAGAAAUUUUUGUUUGAGGACCUGUCGGAUCUUGUCCAAUGGGUUGUGGAACCUAAUUGCCAUAUGUUUCCUAUUCUUGAAAGCAUCGAUUGCAGAAAUUGUCCCAAUCUAUGUGUGAUGCCCUUCUCGGAGUGUUCUUGUACCAGUUUGUCCAGGCUUUACAUUGAUAGUUGCCCCAAGUUGUGUCUGCCCCCCAUGCCUCACACUUCCACACUGACCGAUUUGGCUGUACAAAAAGGUCCAACAUGGCGGGAAAGAAUGUUGUCUUACAAUGGAAAAGAAUUGGUUGUUAGCAAGUAUGCCGGUGCUUUGGCCUUCCACAAUCUGGGUGAAGUAGAGGAUAUGAGUGUUGGAGAUGUAUCACACAUUUCGUGGACAAACAUCGAAAAGCUUAAAUCCUUGAGAAAACUAGCUGUCGGAAAAUGCGACAGCAUGUUCUGCGGAGAACUGGAUGGCGGUGUUGUCUUCCAUAACAUGGAUAAAGUUGAGAGUCUCAGAGUAGGUGUAUCUCAUCUUACUGGGAAAUUGCUGUCAAAAGUGUUCAGUAGUUGCCCAACUCUUGCUGAAUUGGAGAUACGGUCUCCCAUUCCACCUGAAGAUGAGGAGGAACGAGUAAUACAGUUCCCAUCAUCCAGCUCACUGAGGACACUUAGCUUCUCCUUCUCGAAUGGCCUGAUUCUUGUGCCUGCAGAGGGUGGAGGAGGAAUCCAGGACAUCGCGUCGCUCCAAUCAUUAGCAGUGUAUGACUGCCACAAGUUGUUGUCUCGGUGGGCCAUGGGAGAAUCAGGAGUAGCUCCGAUGACCAACCCUUUCCCCUCUUCCCUCAGUCAACUUCAUAUUUCGGGAGAGUCAAGCAUGCGGUCAAUGGCUCUGCUCUCAAACCUCACGUCUCUCACUUAUCUAGGUCUAAUAGACUGUGCGAAUUUAACAGUGGAUGGGUUCAAUCCUCUCAUCACAGUCAACCUCAAAAGAUUGGAGGUCUGGAACAGUGGCGGCAACUCUCUAGCAGAGGGUCUGCUCUCAGAGGUGGCAAGGAACAAAUUAAUGCACGCGGGUUCCUUCCAGUUGGAGAGACUGAACGUGGAUAGCAUCUUGGCAGUGCUUGUUGCUCCCAUUUGCACCCAUCUCUCCGCCACCCUCCAUGAACUGAGCUUCUUCAAUGAUAAGCGGCCAAAAGGCUUCACGGAAGAGCAAGAGAAUGCGUUUCAGCUCCUCACCUCCCUCGAGAAACUAGGAUUUUAUGGCUGCAAGGUUCUGCAGUCCCUCCCUCAAGGAUUACAUCGCCUUUCUUCUCUCAAACAAUUAGAAGUCAACAGUUGUCCUGAGCUCCGAUGGCUGCCAGAGCAGGGCUUCCCCACUUCGCUGCAAGCUCUACAUCUAUGGUUUGGCAGUGCAGAGCAAAAAGAGCUAGCUGAGAAAUUGAAAGAAACAUACCCAGAUUUACAAGUACAUUAUUAUCAUUAG